UUAGCUUUAUUUUGCCAUCCACUAGGAUGACUGCCCACAUCAUUAUGAUGUUCUUAUGGAUAAUAUCCCUUGUGACUUCAUCGGCUUCUUCCGAGUUCAGAUUAAGCGAUUCGAAGUUAUUAUUACCUUAUAACAGUUAUUCUCCACUUAACUAUACGUUACGUGGUUCAGACGGCACUUGCUACGAAUGGUCCUCUGGUACCCCGGAAGUCGCAACUGUGUCCCCAUUAACUUCACCCUUGGAAAAUUGCAGCACAGAGGCUGUUGUCACUGCUGUGUGGCCAUCUUCUAUUCGCACGAUCACCACUAUUUAUGCUCGAGUUCUAGAAACGGGCCAUGUUGUUGAAUGUGAUGUUAUCGUUGACAAUAUUCGUCGGAUUGAAGUUGAGACUACCACACAGGAAUUAUAUCUUCACAACACUCCCGAAUCUCUGGUAGUCGUUGGUUAUGAUGAAUAUGGAAAUACGUUCUCUUCGCUUCACGGUGUUCCGUUUAAAUGGAGUCUCCAUGAAGACAGUCAAGUUGAUAUGAGUCACGGACACAGCGUUUUGAGGUUUUUGUCAUGGAGUGAAUCUGAGUAUGCAACCCCACCUUCCAUUCAAAAUCUCGAGAGCAGAGGACUUCAGGGUCACAUGCAAUUGGUCAGUGGCCUACGCACUGGUUCCGCCCUUGUCUCAGCUUCUUUGCAUGAGCCUGUCUAUUCCAAUGUUCCCGCUGCUCGUGUUCGGCUUUUAGUCAUGGCAAAUGCCCGACUGAGCCCCGCACUUGCGUACCUUAUACCUUCUUCCCGUCUUAAGCUCCAGGUUCGUGUGCUACAGCAAGGCGGUGAUAAAGUCAUCCAUCUGCCAUCUCCACAGUAUCAUCUACAUGUGAAUGAUACCACUCUUGUCGAUCUCGAUGAGGAUGACGGAUGUACUAUUACAGCAAAACAGUACGGUCAGACCGAAAUCAAGCUUCUCGAUCGAAAUGUGGAGGAGGCACUAGCGAACCAAAGCACACUAGUACAUCCCGAUGAAUCUACAGAGGAACUUUCCCGUCCGCCUCAUCGCCGUUUUCCCGUUUCAAUUAUCCAUGUAGUUGAGCCCGCAUAUCUGCGUUUCUCCUUGCAAGCUUCAGAUGAACAUUCGGAUCGUUGUCUGAAAGCCGUCAGUUCAAUAACACGCGCACACUCAGAAUCAGCUCAAAACCACCAUAAAUGGGUGCUAGAGUUCGGAAGGAAGUACACUAUUCACAUCGACUUGUAUGACCACAACAAUCAUCGUUUAUAUCCUUCGGAUGACAUUCGUUUAAACGUGACAGUUUCAGGCGAAAGAUUACAGCUCAUUAAAUCAACCAUCAAUUUCACUUGGUUCGUCGUGCAGCCUGUCGCAGUUGGCAUCGCAUCUAUUGAGGCGAGGACAAUCGGGUUAGCAGACAAGUCUGGAUCGUUGAUUGGGACCACGUAUGUUGUGACGGGGAUGCAAGAGGCCACCAUCUAUUCGCCCAUAGACAUCCAGCCUUCCUUCAUUCUACUUCCCUGGUCUAUUGGGACUGAACUCAACUCAAGUUUUCAACUCGUGGCGACUGGUGGCAACGGAGUAUACACUUGGCUGGUGUUGGAUCCAGAAGGAUUACGGAAGCAAACAAAACCUGUUGUUAUCACGCCAAAUGGGGAAGUCUCAGCUCUGACGCCUGGGGAUGCUAGUAUUGUGGCUUCAAGUACCUCGAAUCCACAACUCUGCGGUUUUGCUAAAGUAUCAGUCACUUUCCCGGCUUCCAUCAAGUUCGUACCAGGUCCUGCUGAAGUUGUGAUUUUCCCGGUUGGCUCACAUGAUCGCACCAUCCGUCCUUUGGUUGUGACAGGAAUCAAUCGCUCCGUUUUGACAGUCGGUUUGGCGGUUUUGGAUUCUCACGGACACUCUAUGUCUGACUGCAGGGGGCUGAAUAUUACUAUCAAACCACUGGACAUCUCAGUGGUUAAAAUAUUGCCUGGCCAUCUUUUUGUCCAAUCCGAAUCCAGUCACUCCGAUCUUUCUGCAUGUCUUCAAGUACAUGUGGUUGGUAUUACCGUCGGCUUCACCGAACUCGAAGCUGUCUAUCACUUGCACUCUCUUGUUCCUGGGAUGUCGGUUGAAGAAACAGACGCCAAAGUCACUUUGAGUGCUCGUUUCCCUGUCGCUGUCCAUCAAGCGAUUGACUUCCUGAACCCUUCGUCUUCCGUCGCCUAUGCUGCUUUGGGUUCGACCCGAACAUUUUUGGUAAACCACGGACCUCAACCAUGGCCGGUAAACCCCUCCGGUCAUUUUGCUCGUAUCAAACCCGUUGAUCCUCCUCAUCCUGUUGGGCCUUUGGUUCCACUUAUCAAACGAGUACCCCAACCUUUAAAUACCUACGUUGAUGCAUAUGGGGUCGUCUAUGAUGACAGCAAUCUGCCCACGACGCCUCGUCUGCUGGUCUUCAGCAUUCAAUGCCAAAGUGUUGGAGCGUUUCGUUUCUACUUGGAGAUCGGAAACGAACCGUCACCUACGAACAUGCUUCCGCUUGUCAUGGAUAAAGAAUUUACGUAGGUCGAAAAUCUCAAUUUCCCAACCUACCUUUGCCUUUAUUCACAGCUAUCUACCUCAACUUUAUUUUUUGUUGGCUCCAUGGGCAUCAUAGUUGGUGAUCACCAUGAGCUGUUUUGUCCUGGACUGUAUUUCGC